AUGGAGGAGGAGACAGGAAUUCAGAGCCUUUUGCCUCUGAGGAUUUAUGAAGACAGCUAUUUCAGUUGGGGAGAGGACAUAGUGACUGUGGGUGAGGUCCUGGUCCAUGAGAGGAUCAUGGUCUUUCAGCUCUGCCUGUGGAUGGUGCUCUUCCUCUCCCCAUGGUCCCUAACUGAACACACUAAAUACAGUAGCCCUCCAGAAGUAGUGAUACCCUUGAGGGUCACUGACACUAGGAGACAUGAUAGUUCUCCAGGCUGGUUGUCCUAUAGCCUGCGCUUUGGAGGAGAGAGACAUAUUAUCACCAUGAAACCCACAAAAUACUUCAUAUCCAGAAACUUCCUACUGCUCACCUACACUGACAAAGAUGAUCUCCUUGCAGAACAGCCUUUUGUGCAGAGUGACUGCUACUACCAUGGAGAUGUGGAUGGAGACCCAGAAUCCAUGGUUUCCCUUACAACCUGCUUGGGGAGUUUGCAAGGCAUACUAGAGAUAAAUGGCGCAGUUUAUGAAAUCAUGCCCAAGAGCUCAACUUCCACAUUUGAACAUCUGCUUUACCAAAUGAAGAGUGAGGAGACAGAAUCACGGCCCAUGAGAUGUGGGUUAACAGAAGAGGAAAUAGCACAACAAAUGAAGCUUCAAGAUAAUCAUAAUGACACUCUUAUGCAAAGCCACUAUGAGGGAUGGUGGACCCACCACAAGUAUAUUGAAUAUUUUGUGGUAUUAGAUAAUAAACGAUUUGUUUAUACGGGCAGUAAUGUCACACGUUCCAGCAAUGAAGUGUUAGCAGUUUUCAAUGGAAUGAAGGGCUAUUAUGUUUCAAUAGAAAUUGAUUUGAUUUUUGCUGGACUUGAAAUCUGGACUGAACAAAACUAUGUAAAAGUAGAAGGAAAUGUAAUUUCUGUUCUAGUUUCUUUUUGCCAGUGGAAAGAAAGAACCAAUAAGGCUCGAAAUCAAUAUGAUAUCAUACAUCUUUGGGCCAAGGAAGGAUAUGGUACAAAUUUAGGGAUAUCUUAUAUAGGUUCAGUUUGUAUAUCAGACAGUAAUUGUGCAAUUAACAGUUUCCUGUGGGACACACUAGGCCCUGUAUCAUUCAGUAUAGCACAUGAGUUGGGUCAUAAUUUGGGUAUGCCUCAUGAUCAAAAGAAUUGUGUGUGUGGACAAGAAAAAUGCAUAAUGUUCAAAGAGAUGACUAUGUCUACUGCAUUCAGCAACUGUAGUUAUGCUGCAAUGUGGGAUCGUAUUUCCCAAAGGACCUGUUUACGCAACAUUGCAAAUGACGCUCUCACACCACCGGCCUCAUGUGGGAAUACUUUGGUUGAAGAAGGAGAGCAGUGUGACUGUGGAUCCCUUGAAUCCUGUAAAGACGAUCCAUGCUGUAGUCAACAUUGUGUUGUAAAACCUGGUGCUGAAUGUGCUACCGGGCCAUGUUGUAAAAACUGCAAGUUCAUGAAACCAGGUACCUUGUGUAGAGGCAUGAACGAUGAGUGUGACCUUCCUGAGUGGUGCAAUGGAACUUCAGCUGAGUGUCCAGAAGAUGUCUUCAGGGAAGAUGCAAGCCCUUGUAAUGGUGGGUUUUGCUACAAAAAGGCAUGUAAUACCCAUAACAAGCACUGUCAGAAGAUUUUUGGCAUGGGAGCCAGGAGUACAAAUGAGACCUGCUACAUGGAUAUGAACAAACGGGGUGAUCGUUUUGGUAACUGUGGCAACAAUAGUUAUAACUACAAAAAAUGCAGUGACUCUGAUAUACUCUGUGGAAGAAUUCAGUGUGAGGACGUGACAGAGCUUCCACGUUUGCAAAACCAUGUAACAGUAUAUUGGACUCACUUGAAUACUGCCAUCUGCUGGACUACAGAAUACCACUUUGGUAUAAACACAGCUGACAUUGGAGCAGUGAGAGAUGGCACACCUUGUGGCCCAAAGCAUAUAUGCAUUAACAGGAGGUGUGUCGAUAUGCCCAUACUCUUAAGUAACUGCUCAGAAAUUCUAUGCAAUAUGCAAGGUGUCUGCAACAAUAAGCAUCACUGCCAUUGCAAUGAUGAAUGGAAACCACCAGACUGUGUACUCAGUGGCUUUGGGGGUAGUAUAGACAGUGGCCCACCUCCUGUCAGAUUAUCUAAGAAACAGUUAAUAAGAUACAUUCUGGGUGUUUCAGUUCUUUUUCCAAUUUUGAUAUGCUGUUUUAUUUGCAUAAAUAGAAGGAUAAAAAAAAGGAUAGCAGGAGAGGAAACCAGAAGCACCACUGAAACCAGAAGCACCACUGAAACCAGAAGCACCACCGAAACCACCAAACCGAAACCAAAGUCCUUGGAAAAACAAAAGCCCACUCUUAAAGUUUCCCCCGAAAAAGGAGAUGCUAAUGAGAAACAUAAAGCACAAAAGAAAUAA